AUGAAUCCGUCGCGAGAUAUUAAAGACAUUAAAUACGGCCACGACUUGAACGCCGGCCCGUCUUCGGUGUCCUCCGCGUCCUCGACGGCCAACUCUUCAACCAAUCCAUUGAAUGAGCGAAAGAUAUCGUUGUUUUCGCUGAAGAACUUGAGGCCCGAAGAGGUGCCGCCGGAGGAUCAGUUGGGAAAAUGCCGUUUAGUCACAGAGUUUGAGAAACUGAAUCGCAUCGGAGAGGGAACCUAUGGUAUUGUCUGUGAGUAUGAGCGCAGCCACAGAGCCCGAGACACGCGGACGGACGAGAUCGUGGCCCUGAAGCGCAUGCGUAUGGACCGCGAGAGGGAAGGGCUGCCCAUCAGUGGUCUCCGAGAGAUCAAUCUAUUGCUAAACUUAAGGCAUCCAAAUGUGGUUCAACUGAAGGAAGUGGCGGUCGGCAAGAGUUUGGAGAGUAUUUUCCUUGUGAUGGAGUACUGCGAACAGGACUUGGCCUCACUCUUGGAUAAUAUGAGCGUUCCGUUCACCGAAUCACAGGUGAAGUGUAUUUUGCUUCAACUGUUCCACGGCUUAGAGUAUUUGCACAAGAAUUUUAUCGUUCAUCGAGACCUCAAAGUAUCCAAUUUGUUGCUCACCGAUAACGGAGAGCUGAAGAUCGCAGACUUUGGUCUCGCGCGACGUUACGGCCAGAAGGAUAUGCCGAUGACUCCACGUGUGGUCACCCUCUGGUACAGAGCGCCGGAGUUGUUGUUUCAGUCGAAAGUGCAGACCACAGCCAUCGACAUGUGGGCCGCCGGCUGUAUAUUAGGGGAACUGCUUCUCCACAAACCCUUACUUCCCGGGCGGUCAGAGAUUAACCAAAUAGAGCUGAUUGUAGACCUGUUGGGCACUCCUAACGACACAAUAUGGCCCAACUGUUCCAAACUGCCGGUUCUCGACAAGUUUCACCUCAAACACCAGCCCUACAAUAAUCUCAAGUAUAAAUUCAAUUGGGUGUCAGCGGCCGGCAUACGGCUCCUGAACCUACUCUUUAUGUACGACCCGAUGAAGAGGGCGACCGCUGAGGAAUGCCUUCAGAGCUCCUACUUUAAGGAAAAUCCAUUACCCUGUGAUCCCAAACUGAUGCCAUCGUUUCCACAGCACCGCAAUCUGAAGCGAGAGGCCGACGACCAGCCGAUGCCCGCGCGGAAGGCCGACAGCGAGCCCGAGAGGUAUAGUAUUAAAGCGAAUGCACUGUUUGAGGUGUCAGCGGCCGGCAUACGGCUCCUGAACCUACUCUUUAUGUACGACCCGAUGAAGAGGGCGACCGCUGAGGAAUGCCUUCAGAGCUCCUACUUUAAGGAAAAUCCAUUACCCUGUGAUCCCAAACUGAUGCCAUCGUUUCCACAGCACCGCAAUCUGAAGCGAGAGGCCGACGACCAGCCGAUACCCGCGCGGAAGGCCGACAGCGAGCCCGAGAGUCGUUCGCAAAUCCUGCACUUUAAUGGCAAUAAAUUCGUCCCAAAAAUGCCUAAAUACUAA